UGCAUCUCACUCCAACCUACGAUUCACAACAUGCCUGACAUCCCGGCAGGAGACCACAGGGCAUACAUGCGGCUCGCCCUCGAGCAGGCACAGAAGUCGCCACCGAAACCAACCAACUACCGCGUGGGAGCCAUCCUAGUGGACUCGGCCGCAAACGAGAUUCUCGCGACUGGUUACACACUCGAGCUCCCGGGCAACACUCACGCAGAGCAGUGUUGUUUCAUCAAGUUGGCUCAGAAGCAUGGCGUUGCCGAAGAAGAUCUCAAAAAGAUCUUACCUCCUAAGGUGGUACUCUACACGACGGUUGAACCCUGCUCGAAACGGCUGAGCGGGAACCUGCCGUGCGUCGAGAGGGUGCUCCGCCUGGCUGGGUCGAUCCGGACAGUGUAUGUUGGCAUCAUGGAGCCGGAGAAGUUUGUGUCUGAGAACACGGGCAAGAAGAGCCUGGAAAGUGCCGGCAUCUCGGUUGUUCAUGUCGAGGGCCUGGAGAAAGAGAUCCUGGAUGUCGCCACUGCCGGCCACAUCAAGAGCUGAGCACAAGUGAAACCGCUAGCGACUGCGGAAAAGGCUCAUCGUCAACCCCUUCGGGCUGAGUUUCAGGGACCAGAAGAGGUGACUGCUACAACAGUUGAUGGUUGGGUUGUGCUUCAGUGCGGAUGGGAGCCGAACUACGAGACCCGGCGGAAAGAACUCAUAGCUCUGCGCUUCCGCAUUGCAGCGUUCUGGGGCGGCUCCGGUAAAGCAGUACGGACAUGUAUAUAUAGUGUAGGCGGGGGCUUACCAUGGGGAUCGUACACCGCCGCGGCUGGUUUAGACGGAGGAACUACAUCUCUUCACAGAGCUCGUUCCUAGGUGAUUUGCAGCGAUCCGAGACUGCUACCAGCCGCGGCCAUUGAAGGCUUCUAGCCAAGGGCAUGUAGAAGCCAAGGAGCGCAUCCUCCUAACUUCUCUGCAUUCAACCGCGAGAACCUCAACUGGAAGAAACGAUGUAUAUCUAGAAUUGACGGACUUUACUACUCA